AUGGCGACCUCACCAGAUACUGGGACGUCCGGUGCUCGACGCAAGCGCCGCAAGAAUGUGCCGAACCCUCCUGUUCCUAGGCCGUCGCCAAGGCCCGUCAUGCCUACGCCAAGUGCCUCUAGCAGCGAGGCGACAGAUAAGGAGCCCAGCGGGAGCCCACGCGGUCCGCUUCCGCAGGUGAAGGUUCCCGUGUUUCCUGUAUCAAGCCGACCGCGGGGACAAAAGAAGCGUGUGCGCGACGCAGAGACGCCGGAGACAAGGCGCCGACAAACGCAGAAGAAGCGGAAAGCUUACACUGUCAAGGAGAAGCUUUACUGGCUCAAGAUGCUUGACGCGCAGCCCCCUAUGAGCGUCCGGGGUUUGGCCAGGCUCGCCGACGUCCAGCCGAAGCAGAUCCGCGAGUGGCGAAGCAUGAAGGAGCGGCUCGACAAAGCGGCAGGGUGUCGCCAACGUCUCACUGGUGCGGGACGAAAGCCUAAGUACCCCGAUAUGGAGGUUGCGGAUCAUCUGAUCCUCGCUCACCUCCGCGAUAAGGCGGAGGUGGAGGUGCUGGAGGAUGUGUGCGAGGAGGAGCUCGACGAGCUCGUCCCCAACCCUUUCUACCCUGAUCCUGCCGCCCCUUCGAGCAAGAACAGCGAUGCAGCCUCCUCUCCACCUGAGGAGGAGGAGGAGGAGGAGGAGGAGGAGGAGGAGGAGGAGGAGGAGGAGGAGGAGGAGGAGGAGGAGGAGGAGGAGGAGGGGGACACGGAGGAGGAGGAGGACGAGGAUGAGGAUGAGGAGGGCGAGGAGGAAGGCGGUGCGGAGGUGGAGGGUGGAGCGGGAUGGGAGGAUGAUGGCGAUGAGUGGUGGGCAGAAGGGCGAUAUGAUGGGGAGGAGGUGGAGACUUGGGUUGUGGGACAGGAUUAG